UUUCAUUCUAUUAAUCCUUAUUUAACAUUUUAUUAUAUUUUUAUUUAUUUAAUUUAAUCUACACACUUUCUUAGCAAAUGUCAAUACACAAUGUAGCUGGCGCACGCGUUGCCAAUAUUAACAACACCCAGGAAAUAUUAAAAAACUGGGCAACAGCCGACAUCAAUGGUCUAUCCUGUAUUAUCCACUCUAUAUGUCGCAUUCUCACCUUUCACGAAUCAAUUAUCAGCCAUCAAAGCGAGGCAUCACUGCGAGUGUUGUUCUGGUUUACUCUGGCUUCUGAACUUCUGUGUUCAUUGUUUAUCACCGUUUUGUUGGAAAAAUUGCAAGUAGCCAGGCGCAUCCAGAUGUUGUACGAGUGCAUUGCCCUGUCUGCGAGCCUUAUCGUUUCGCAUCCGGUUUUGUACAUGUACAAUAGCGUGCGUUUUUUUGAUGGCAUGCCCUUUCUUUACCAGCCAACGGUUUGGAUUAGUGUUGAAAAAAUCCACGCACCCGCUUCGACUCAGCGAAGCCACAGCUGGGAUGAAAUAAUACUCCCACGGGCCAAAGACAAGAUACAGCAGGAGGAGACGCGCCGGAUCACUCUGCGGAUAGCUUUUUUGCAGCUUGGCGCCAAGGAAUUCCCGUGGACUUACGGGUUGGCUAUUGUGAUGCCUAGCACGCAGGGGUUGCUUUGCUUGGCAUUGCUUGUUGUGACGCCCGCUUUUGACGAACCAAGGGCGAGGUUUGCUGCGUACACUCGUCGGAGAAUAGGCAAAAACGAGUUAGUGAGUGAGAUGCGCCUAGAUUUUGCAAAGCUCAAUCUCUCAACUAUCAAUUUAUCGCCGUAUCACUCUCGAGAUAGCAGCAUUUAUGUUGCUACAAAACAAUUUGAACGCUAAUAUGUUUCCUUUGGUUUUUUUGUAAUAUAGUCUUAACUUUUCAGUUUUAUUUUCAUAUUUGCUAUAAUCUUUUAGCAAUGUUUUCA